UUAUCUUCUCCUCUAACACACACACACACAUAUCCACUCGUAUGCUAUUCAGUGAAAUUCGAACCAUUCCUUGGAAUCGCAUUCUUUCUUUGCUGGAGCAACCAGUGCCUGUGUGCGCAGCCGCGGGUGCAUUGUUGAAGCUUUCACGGCGAUCGGGGGCGUGUGUGUGUGUGUUUUUUUUUUUUUAAUUUCGUGUGCCAAUCGUGCGCGUCUGGCCGGGCCGCUUUCGCCGUGCGUAAAUAUCCAGUAAGGUGCGCCACAGCGGGCGCAAGUGCGCAAGAUUACAUGACAACGCGCUGUCACCUGCGUGUGCUGGAAGUUGGUGUCGUAAUUGUUCUCAUCACCAGCAACUUUGGUGUCUUUGUGUGUUUGAAAGUGUCGUAAAUCGUGUCUCAGUUGAAGUGAAAAGAGCAAAUUCCCUGUACUGCUAACAGACGGCUAGUGCGUGUGUGUGUGUGGGUGUACUCUGUCCGCACUGGACAGCACUUGCAAGGCGUGUUACAGCUAGCAGCACGCGCGGUCCAACCGGUUUCUGCGGCAACGCAACUUGCUGCGACUGCGGAAACUAUGCGCACGGGGUCUGGCCUUGCUGGGUUAAGCGAACAUCAUCACCUUGCUUCUUGGAAGCGCACCUCUGGAUGCAAUUAUUGUGUCGAUCAUCGUGCGCUGGCUGGCAUUAGCGAUGAAUAACUUGAGCGGAGAUAAACCCCAGCAAACGCCGGUACCGCAGCCGCGGCCGCGCCAGCACGUCGAAUCGAAUGCGCAGCAAGAAGCGACGCAGUACGUAAACGUUGCGCUAGAGCCGAUUCCUGCGUCGCCACAACCGCCAGCCACGAAUCACACACCGGUGCCGGCCCCUCGGCAGCGCACCAAGAUAGUGCUGGUGGAGGAAGAGCCGAGCCCGAGCGGCGGCGCCGCCGCCGCCGCCACGCCGAGCGCUGACGACGACCACCACCACCACCACCGGCAGGACGAACGUUAUCAGAAUGUGGUGAUCGUGCGGCCAGCCCCACCGAGUCCGGCGCAGGGCGGGGCGGGAAGCAACCGGGCGACUGUUGCUGCUCCUCCUGCUGCUUCUCCUGCUGCGAGUGAGACGACGAACCUUCGGGGCAGCUUGAGCGAGCUGAAGAUACACAACGAGCUGUGGGAACCGGCGGCGGCUGCCAAUAAGCAGGGCGAGGAGGAUCCUGGCCCCACGGUGGGCGGGGAGGGCGGCAAGUACAAGACGCUGUCGCCGGGCGAUCUGUUCAAAACGAUCGGCACCGCGUCCCGCAUGCUGACCGAGUCGAUCGGCGAGCGGGUCGCGCACAAGACGAAGAAGGUGGCCCAUCGGCUGGAGGGCUGGAGCCAGGAGGCGCGCCAGAGCGCGGCCGGCAAGCUGCUGGGCAAGAGCGCCAGCCAGGCAUCGGUGGGAGGCGGCGGCAAGUCGGAGCAGCGCGCCGCAGAGGGAAAGGACGACUCGCCCCGAGAAAGCAAAGGCGAAACGAGCGCGAAGGGGACGGCGCCGCGGCCACACUCACUCACCUCGCCGGACGUGAUGCGCAAGAUACGGUUCGACAGUCCGCUGGCGCUGAACAAUGCGGAAGCCCAGCAGGCGACUUACGACACGCCGAAGAAGAGCAACAAACCGACCAAUCUGUUCCGGUCGCCCGGUUCGCCGGCCACGUCCACCGCUCCGUCGUCCCGCGGAGGCAGCAGUGUGCACGUGAGCAGCAGCAGCAGCCUCGCCUCGUCGGAGGGAGGUGAGCCCGGCCGGCCCACCGGUCGGUUCCAGCGCAACGUGCCAGCAAGCCAGAGCCUGUACAGCCACGUGGUGCCGAAGCGGGAUCGAGCACCGUGCGCGAACGAUCAUUCGCCCGCGCCGGGCCCGCUGGCGCGCACCAGCAAGAACAAGAGCGAAUCGAACCUGUACGAAUCGAUCUUCUACGUCGGUCCGCCGGCAGCAGCGGCGGAUAGUAGCGGUGGAGGGACGAGCGACGGCAUUUACGGCAAGCUGAACAUCAUUCCGCGCCCAGCGAUUUCCAGCUCGAGCAGCAGCCUGUCGGGCGGCGGUGUUGGUGGCGGCUCGCUGCAGCACGAGGAAGUGGACGGCGGGGCCGGCUCGGAGGAGGACAACACGGUGCACGAGCUGAACCAAGGCGAGUCCCGGUCGGGCGGUGUGCGCGUGCGCGACAAAGCGUCGACCAACAAACCGUCGGCGUCGGCCAAGUCGUCCCCCACCUCGGCACGCACCGGUGGCGGCGGCGCCCUGCGACGCAUCUUUUCCCGCCGUCUGUCCGUGGGCGAGGAGCAGGCGCAGCAUCAGCAGCAAAACUUGCGCUCCGACUCGUGGAACUUUUACGACGUGACGGCCGCCUGCUCGUCGUCGCCUGCCACCGAUCGGCGCGACGCUGACGGCGAGGAGUACGAGGCACUGGUGGACGAGGAGGAGGAGGAGGAGGAAGCGUUGAGUGUGUCGCAGAUCAGCACGCCGGAACCGUUCUACGAGAACAGCGAGCUGCCGUCCGCGGUGCCACUUGCGGAACAGCUGGCCAAGCGACGAACCCCGCACGAUCUGCUGCAGCCGGUACCGAUCGGCGAGCUGGACGUGCAGCUCCGCCACGACUACGACGAGGUGUCGAUAGCGGACAUUAUCGACGAGUUCGAUCCGCUGGCGAGCGGCACGACGGCGGUGGUGAGCGUGGGGGCGGCACUGGAAGCGAUCAUCGAGCAGGACGGCUCGGAAGGGGCACCACCGGGCGGCAACCUGGCCCUGAUCGAGAACCUGCUCGGCGAGGAAUCGUACAGCCGGAUGCCGAAGCGUGUGUCGCGGGACGGCCCCCCGGAACGGUGCCCGCGCCCGCCGCAACGGUCGGACUCGCUGUUCAUCUCGGGCACGGCAUCGUCGGCGGAGACGGGAGCACCGCCACCAGACCGGGCAGUGCCAGCCAAACCGGCGCGCCGAAAGUCCAACCGUCCGUCCAGGCCGGCCGACCAAACCGUCAGCCAGAUCAUACAUCAAAACCUGAACCUGCCGACCGGCAGCGUGGACAAUCUGGUGGAGCUGGAGGAGCGGCUGAUCGAGCCGCACCUGGCCCGAACCGAGGACGAACCGCCGAUCGGUGGUAAUGGGGACGAGCAGGUCGAUUUGAGCUACUCCCGCGGACCACAAACGAGCUGGUACGUGGAGAGGGAGGGACCGGCCGGCAAGGAGGAGAUAGCGAUUAACACGAACCAUUUCAAGAAGCGGGCGACCGUGGACCCGGUGAACGAGCAUCACCCGCAAGGCGGCAGUGCCGGGCGGGAUGCGGUGCAGAAAGUGACCAAAACUCCCUUCAUGGCGGGUUCGUCGUCUGCCGCCAGCACCGGUACGGUGGCGCCGGCCGAGGAGGGAGACGCACUGAUCGACGAUGCGCGAGCGUCCUAUCUGCCCACCUACUUUGAAGCGAUCGGCGGUACGGACCCACUGUUCGAGCGUGGACUUGCCGCAACACCCACCACCACCACCACCACCGCAACCAAGUCACCGAGCGUCGCCACGAAGCUGCUGAACGCGCUCAAGCGCAAGCCAAGCUUCAGCAAGGGCGACUCGGCGUCCUCCUCCGCCACCGGCUCCACCGUCCUUACCACGCUCGAGAUGGUGCCGAAGCCGAAGCUAACCGAGCGGCUGAUCUCGCACAAGGGCCACGUGCUCAAGUUUCCCUCGGGCAAGAUCGCGGACGUGCUGAACGAGCUGGCGCCCCGCUCGGUGGUGCUGCGCGAGCGCAUCUUCCAGACGUACCUCGAUCCGCAGCAAACCCUGCCGAAGGAGGCGAUCCAUCUGCGGCACAUCCUCUCGGUGCAGAGCAUCCUGCAGCACAAGUUCGCGGGCGAGGGCCGGCUCGAUCUGCACUGCUUCGAGGUGGUGCUCGGCGUGCCGAAGGGGGCCGGCUCGGCCGGGUCGGCCGGUGGCGGUGCCGGCUCGUCCGCCCUGGCCGCGGCCUCCAUGUCGACGCAUCCGGAUCUGCUGAUCACGAGCGGCACGAGCGGUAAUGUGAAGCUGACGCGCCAAUCGUACAUGUUCGGCACGCACAAGCGGUCGGAUCGGAACCUGUGGAUGGCGAAGAUACUGCAGUCGGUGACGGACGUGUUCGGCGGGGAGGGCGAGCUGCUGCGGGAGUUUUUGCGCGCCGGCUGGUGCUACGUGAAGAAGUCCGUGUCGGCUGGGUGGGCCGGCGCGUGGUUGCUGCUGGCGAAGCGGCGGCUCUAUCUGUACAGCUUCAACGAGCACCGGCUGGAGGAGCUGGACCUGCGCAAGGCGCGCUGCAUCGGGGUGGUGGAGAACGAGCCGGCGACGAUCGGCAACCUGUACGUGGAGGGCGGGCCCAGCCUGUUCAUCGACUGUCCGCCGUACACGACGCUGUACUUCGUGAUGGGGUCGCCGCGCGAAACGCACAUCUGGCUGAAGGUGAUCCGGCAGGUGGCGCACAAGAACGGGCCGACGCUGCACAGCCAGCAGCUGACGCGGGGCGACGUGCCGGUGCUGAUCGACAAGUGCAUCAACUUUAUCUACGCGCACGGCUCGAUGUCGGAGGGCAUCUACCGGAAGUCGGGCUCGCAGUCGGCGGUGGUGCGCAUCCUGCAGCUGUUCAACGAGGACGCGUUCAGCGUGCAGCUGACGCGCAACGACUACAACGAGUACGAUGUGGCGGGCGCGCUGAAGAAGUUCGUCCGCGAGCUGCCGGGGUCGUUCUUCGGCAGCUAUGCCGCCUCGUUCGUGGCGAUCGGGUCGCUGAGCGGGUCGGCCGAUGGGCAGCAGCUGAAGAUUGAGUCGUACCGGCAGCUGCUGGAACGGUUGCCGCGGCUCGAGUACUGCACGCUGAAGAAGCUGCUCGGGCAUCUGGCGUUCAUUGCGUCGCUGGAGGCGCACAACCGGAUGGGCGUGCCGAACCUGGCGAUGAUCUGGGGCUCGGUGCUGCUGGCGAACGCGAGCCAGAACACGGUGCAGGAGGGCCGGGGCGGCUACCAUCAGCAGGACGCGGACGUGGUGGCCGAUCUGAUCCGGCUGUACAGCAGCCUGUUCCCGGUGGACGCCGACGAGCUGUACAAGGAGCAGCUGAUGCUGUCGGUGCUGAAGAAGUACCACGCGGCGGCCGAGAACCUGUCCGACGCGGUGAAGCAUUCCGGCGACCUGAAGGUGUGGAUCACGAUCGACUGUGACAGCCCGCCGGAGGACGAGUCGUUGCGCGUGGUCGGAAGGAAUAGCGUCGGCCGGGAGGAUAAAGCACAAGUAAACGUGGACGUAACGCCGACCAAAACGGCGGCAGACAUCUGCAAGGAGCUGGCAGCCAAAACCAAACAUCCCUGGUACAAGCUGACACUGUACGAGGUCAUCGCAAACGAUGCGCUGAUCCGGCCGAUUCACUACAGCGAGAAGGUUCUGGAGAUUGUGGUUCGCUGGACGUACUGGGACGAGUCGGAUCGCAAAAACAACUACCUGACGCUGAAGCCAACGACCACGCUGAACGAUGUGUACCGAACCAUCCAGAAGGCGCCGGUCCUGACGCCCACGAUGGAGCUGAAGUUUGCCGAGCGCAAGACCAAGUCGCUGCGCAACUACCAGCUGCAGCUGAUCGGGCGCGGGCUGGUCGUGCUGAAAAAGAUGGAAAAGAAGGACAAGGGCUUCGAGGAGGUGCUGAAGAUCGAUCUCGCCCAGAUGACCGCGUACAUCGGGUGCGAACCGAAGCGUGACUGCUCCAGCCUCCGAUGGGCCAUCACGCUGGUGGACCAUGGUUUCAAGAAGAGAACGCGUGAUUCACCCUUCAUCGGGCACGUGUUUGGCGGGUUCGAUUUCGCCAGCCAAAUACUGUGGUACUCCAGCAUUCUUUACAGUCAGUAUAAGGACGACAUUCUGCCGAGCGGGGAUCUGUUUUUCUAACCCCGCCCAUGAUCGAGAAAAUUCCUUAAGCAACUAAGCAGUAAUGGCAGUGGUUUUGUUGAUGCCAUAAAACCUACCAAUUCCACCAACCAAGCGAAGCAGAAAAGCUGCUAGAGCAAAUAGCAUUCGUUAACGUUUUUAUUUUAAAGUAAUAUGUUGUGUUUUAGAGAAAUAUUAGAUUUUUUAUAGCGUGCGUUUUCGAAAGGGGUAGGGGAAGGGUUUAAGUGUAUGUAGUUUAACACGCCAACGAACGAAACAACUCGCGUGUUUCAUGUGAUCGCAGGAAUGCGGAAUUGAGCCAUAUAUAAUAACGUUCAUUCCAAACCUUACGGGCCCAGAGGGUGGCUACCCGUUUGUGUGUGUGUGUGUGCUUCCUGGACCUAAACUUUAUUGUGACAUAUGCUGUUGUGUAAGAUUGAACGAAUAUAGUAUGUGAAUAAAAAAUCGGGAAUCGAUUCGGAACAUGAAAUCGUUUCGCAAAAAAUAAGAUGC